AUGGGGGUCACGGGGUCCGGAAAAAGCUCCUUCAUCGCACUAUGCUCUGGCCAACCAGUACGGAUAGGACACAGCUUGGGCGCAUGUACUUCAACAGUGGAUGUGUAUGCCUAUGAUGUAUCUCCGGAUCAGACUAUCUACCUCAUUGAUACCCCUGGAUUCGACGACACUAACAAGAGCGAUACCGAAGUUCUAAGCGAAAUCGCCGCUUGGCUUGGAGAGUCGUACAAAAAGCGUGUUCUCCUCAGUGGAAUCAUCUACUUACACCGCAUUACCGAUAUACGGAUGCAAGGAUCGGCCAAGAAGAACCUCCUAAUGUUCCGACAGCUAUGUGGUGAAGAUGCUCUCAAGAAAGUGGUGCUUGCCACCACAAUGUGGGACAAGGUGCCUACCGAGGAAGGUGAGCAAAGAGAAAAGGAGCUGGUUGAUACCCAGGAGUUCUGGGGCUGGAUGCUGCAGAAAGGCAGCUCGUGCAGUCGACAUAUGAACUCUGAGGACUCGGCGAAGCGCAUUGUGCAGACGCUGGUUGGCCAUGAAACCCCCACGAUAACCACUCUCCAGGUAGAGCUCAUAGAUGAGAAGCUCCGACUGGACCAGACGUCUGCCGGGCGGGCCCUACAUACCGACCUUCUAAGAAGGAGGGAUACAUGGACGAAGGAACGACAGGACAUCAAAAACCAAAUGAAAACUGCAGAAACGCCACCAGACCGUGAAGCGAAGAGGUUGAUGCGUGAAGAGUGUGGGAGGUAUUCGCGCAUGAUAAAAAUGGCUGAAGAGGACGUCGCUAACCUUCGUGCCUCUAUGGAACAUCUGCUUGUACAGCGCGAGAGGCGUGUCGCAAGAGUACUGAAGCAAUUGAAGAAAGAUAGAGCUGCCGUGGACGAGCCACUCCCCAUUAUCGAGGACCAACCGCGUGCCAACCAAGACAUCCCGGAGUUAGAGAAAAAGUCUACUCCUGAAAUGCAGAUCGAGAAUGCAUACACUGAACAUCCGGACCUCGACCAGGAAACCGAAGCAGAGGAUGACGACGCUCUUACCGCGACAUCUAAUGCCAUCUAUUCGGUGGGCAUGUAUGGCUACUUCUAUAGUUGCCUUGGGUCAUCAUUUUGGAGCAGCAAUUCGGUUCCGCCCAAGCAAACAAGAGGCCACGAGUGGCUACGGUCCGUUUGCUUCGGUGACGAUUACAAGGGCGUACCCACCUGGAUAGCCCGCUAUACAGAUGGAUGGAUGAAAAGCCCGAACUUCGAAAAGCGAUACUCGCAGUUGAAUGGUGAAAUCAAAGCUCGGGGGCUUGAUAAUCUCGACAUGGUGGCGCUUGGGCCCAAUCAAAAGUACUAUGCGAGAUGGAAGGAUGGAAGUUGGGCCAGCCUCGCGUCCGACGAUGCGAACUCCGUUUUCAGCAGAUGCCACAGUAAAGAGAACCGCUCCAAUAUCACUGCCGUUGCCUUCGGGUAUGAAGAUGCCUACGUUAUUGCAUUCGAGUACGGAUUCCGGUCGGGACGUUUAGGGUGUAAUUGCAGUUUGAAUGGUCACUAUCCUGGCCUUGCACAGCUCUUUGGGGAGACAAGACACAUCAAUAUCACUGCCAUCACUCUCAAUCCUGAGAACACGACCGACUUUAUCUUGAUCUGGAAGAACAAUCUAGAGGAUGAUCGUCACAAAAUAAGCUGGUGCAGUCAAUACGGUAAUGUGCAGAAUUCAAUAGGGAUCUGGUGGCAAAACAGCAAGGUCCAGGAUAUCUUCUAA